UUCCCAUCAUCCCCUGCGCGGCGGGCAGGAAGCAACUUUUACUGCGAGGACGCAACAAGUUUUGUUUGGAGGCCUGAGUGAACCUCGCGAACAUGUCUGAGGCUAUUGGAGAGAAGAUUAAAAACUACAGGACAGCUCCGUUUGACGCCCGAUUCCCCAACACUAACCAGACACGGAACUGCUUCCAGAACUACCUGGACUAUCACAGGUGCAACAAGGCCCUGUCCGCUAAAGACCAGGAUGUGGCUCCUUGUGAUUGGUACCAAAGGGUUUACAAGAGCCUCUGCCCAAUGUCCUGGGUUUCUAAAUGGGACGAUCAGAUAGAAGAGGGGAGCUUCCCAGGAAAGAUCUGAAAUGGCCAACUGUUACCAGGCAGGACGGCGGACUGCAGGACCUUAUGUUACUCGCACCUUUACGGCUAUAGUGUGCCUAAAAACAUCUUCAACACAUCUUACACUUCAUCGUCAUUCAUCUUUUGAACUUAAAGUAAAAACACGCACAACUCUUUCGUGUUUGUAGAAUGAAAUUGUUACACUCCUCCUUUGUAAGCUCCUUUUUGGAAAUGUUGAGUCAAUAAAUACAGUCCAGUGCU